AUGUUCACACUUUUCCCUCGUUUACCACCAGAACUUCGCGAUAAAAUCUGGUACCACGCCCUAUCGGAACCCCGCCAACCAGGAAUAUGCCAAUGGAAGCCAGGCUGCUGGAUCCCAAAAUACCUUACAGCAGAAGACCAUGGUUGGUCCGACGACGAUCCAAACAACAUCCGUUUAGAGUUUCGCCCCGACAAGCUGGGAACGCCAGUUCAUAUACCCAUCGUGGAUGUCAAUCAGGAAGCCCGCCGUGUUGCGCUAGCUUGGGCUCGUGAUAACAACAUCAGGAAUCGAUACAAAAACGGCAAAUACGACUUCAGGCGGAGGAUGGACAAUGACAGAGAUAUCGUCUACUUUCCCAGCAAUAUGAUAGAUGCUGCGGAUAUAGAGGCUCUUUCUCGAGGGGCUCAACCAGAUCUCAUUGAGAAGAAUCACACCGUGGCAACAUAUAUCACAAGCUUGGCUAUACCUGCCAGAUUCCUGCGCACAUCAGAUUGGACGCCUGAUACCUGGGAAUGGCAUGAGAAUCUUGAGAAGAUAUACGUCAUUAGUGGGAAACAACCCGAUCGAAAGGGUCAGUGGGAAAUUGAUAUAACCAGAGGGACAAGCUUGUUUUGGACAAGGGAAACUCGCAAAUUCAUUCCUCAACUGGGAGCAGAUAAGUUCUGCAGUACGGGUCUGUUGGAGACGAUCAUGGAGGAUAAGAUGGAGCUUGGGGCUGCACUCUCGCGCUGUCAAGGGCCGUCGAGAGAGUCGUUUGAGAUUCGUAUAUGCUCAGCCAUAAGAAGGUGA